CACGGACGCGGGACGCGUCCCAAUUAAACCCUUCUCCUUCUCUCUCUCUCUCCUCUCUCUCUCUCUCUAUUUCCGCCUGCCACUCUACGCGCGCAGAAAAAAAUCAGGACAGAAAUAAGCGGAGGCGAGGGAGUGGAGGAAGGGAACAACAGACAAAUUCUCUGCGGUGAAUGGAGGUUUCGGCCGAGUGCGCGGGCGGCGGGAGUGUGAAGAAGGAGGCGGACCUCUUCCUUGUCGACGACCUACUCGACCUGCCGUGCGACGACGACGACGAGGAGACGGUGGUGGGCGACUGGGAAGGGGACGGGAGUAAGCAGGCUGCGGUGUUGGACCGGGGUUGUGGCGCCGGCGGGGAGGAGGGUGCCGCCGGUAACGCGUCGAAGAACGAAUCGUCGGCGGUGACUGCGCUGGACAGCUGCAGCAAUUCCAUCUCGGGUUCCGGCCUCGCCGACGGGGACUUCUCCGGCGGGCUGUGCGAGCCGUACGACCAACUAGCGGAGCUGGAAUGGCUGUCCAACUACCUGGGCGAGGACAACUUUCCCACGGAGGAUCUGAAGAAGCUGCAGCUCAUCACCGGCAUUCCGCCGGCUGCAACCGCGAUGGCGCCCGCGCCCGCGCCCGCCGCCGCACAGGCACAGCCGGCCGCUGGCGUGUUGCCACAGGAGGCGCCCGUGCUGGGCAAGGCACGCAGCAAGCGGUCGCGCGUCGCGCCAUGCAGCUGGGCCUCCCGCCUGGUCGUGCUCCCGCCACCUAGUCCCGGCUCGCCGCCGUCCGCGGCCAUCUCGCCGUCCGAGUCCGGCUCCGGCACCGCGGCGCUGGCGUUCCCGGCCAGGAAGCCGUUGAAGCCUGCGAAGAAGAAGGAGGCGCCGUCGCCGUCGCUGCCGCCGGUGCCAAACAACGCCGCGGCGGCGGGCGCGGGGGAGGGGCGGCGGUGCCUGCACUGCGAGACCGACAAGACGCCUCAGUGGAGGACGGGGCCGCUGGGCCCCAAGACGCUGUGCAACGCGUGCGGCGUGCGGUACAAGUCGGGCCGCCUCGUGCCGGAGUACCGGCCGGCGGCGAGCCCGACCUUCGUGGUGUCGAAGCACUCCAACUCCCACCGGAAGGUGCUGGAGCUGCAGCGCCAGAAGGAGGCGCACCCGCACCACCACCACCAGUACCAGCCGCAGCAGGCCCUCGCCCACGUCGGCGCCGGCGGGACCUUGAACUUGAUGCACGCGCCGAGCCCGCUGCUGUUCGACGGGCCGGCGGCGCCGCUCAUCGGCGACGACUUCUUGGUCCACAGCCACAUAGGGCCGGACUUCCGUCAGCUCAUCUAGGGACGCCGUCUGGUCAUUUGCUCUCUCUAGAGUCUGAUCCAAUAGCCCAGGAAUAAUAAUUCAGCGCAACCAAAAACUGAUCUUUAUUUUCUAGGAGUUUUUCCCUCCAGUUUUUCCUUUGUAUUUUCACCAGACUAUCUUUUCCGAAAUCUUCAAUUUUUUUUUUGUUUCUCUCUCGAUUUCUCGUGUUUUUUUUUUGCUUGAACCUUUCUUCUCGGACCUUUGAGUUUCUGACACCUUAGAAAAUAAUUCUAGGGAGUUGUUUUUCUUAGCCUCCCCCACCCCGGCUUUCUUUCUUAGCAUGUUUUUGAGAUUUGUAUAAUGCAGAGCUCCUAGAGGAAGAGUAAACAAGCAGGUCUAAAGUUCAGACUUC